AUGUCCCAAAGAGUUUGCUAUAAACCCGGAUGUGGAGCAAAAGCCAAAUUCAAAUGCGUCUGCACCACUCCUGAAACUUAUAUGUGUGAAAAACAUAUCGACGAUAGAGAUCCACUCUUCAGAAGUCACAUGGGCCAUGAACUGAUCAAUGUUUAUUGCAAGCCAGAUUACGCUUCGAAAGAUGCCUUCCUUAACUCCCCCCCUCCGUGAGUGAACAAAACCAUUAGAAAAAUCGCCAUUUUUUGCCCAAAAACCCACCCUCCGUGAGUGAACAAAAAUUUUUUAAUAGAAAAAAUGUUGUAUGGAAAAAAAUUUAGAUAUAUAAAUGAUAAUUAGUAUAAUGAAAUCUAGAGCUAAUUCUGUUUAAUUUUAAACGAAUUGCUUUUUAAAACAUAAAUUUUAUAAAUUAAAUUAAUAUUUUGUUUUCCAAUUUUUGCGAAUUAGGAUUUUUUUUAAAUUUCGAAAAAAAUUUAUAUAUAAAUUUUUUUUAAAAAUUAAAAAAUUAACCCCCUCCGUUAGUGAACAAAAUUUUUUUGUGGGGGGGGAGUAAGUUUCUUAAUACUGAAAUCAUGAAACUUGGAACAGUCGAAAAAAUCAUUGUUGAAAACACAAUGCUUGAAAUUAAGGCUAUCGAGAACAGUCUCCAUAAAAUCCUCUUUGGCAUCAGUGAUGCUAAAAACACUUUAUCUCGUCUAUUAGAAGAAAUAAACUCCCUAAGAGAAAUGCCUUACGACAGCUCCAAGUCUCUAUACAAUUGAUUAAAACUCCCCAUACAAGAAGUUAAUGCUCUUAUCGAAAAUUUAAAAAGGACCAAAGAGUUGCCCUCAUCAGAAGGUUUUUACCAAGAAAUGAUAGACUUUACCCUAGAUUUCGCCUUAAAACCAAUAGAGUCUCCUUUAGAAAUUUUAGAAAUUUUAAAUGAAGGGAAUAGAAAAAGUCAAAACCAAUGCUUUAAGCAGCAAAUGAAUGUUAUCUUAAACCUAAAAAAUAUUGUUGGGCAUUAUAAAAACAAUCUUAAUCAAGAUUUAAGAAGCCCAAUCAAUAAUGAAAGGUCUCCGAACUCGCUUUCUACGUAUAAGCAAGACUUUGAAGCGUUGGCUAAGCAGGAUAUAUCGAAUUACAACAUUCCUAAAAGAAAUAGCCACAUAUUUACGAAUAAUAAUUUGGCAGCACCUGAUGCGGCUUAUCAUAUGACGGUGGAAGGGGUUGAAUUAGAGCAUUCAGAUUCAGAUCAGCCAACCACAGAAGAGGCAUCUUCAGUAAACACUACGCAUUCUGCUUAUACAGCAGAAACUAUUUCAGAUUAUUCUCCGAUGAAUACGCAAUUCAGCUAA